AGCCCAUCCCGGUUGUGGCUUAUCGGAGCCGCUUCCUUUUGGAGGUUUAUUGGCCACCAAGGACACGGGCGGUGUAUAAAAUAGGCAUCCAAUGAUAGUGGAUCUGUUUAGUGCAGGUGAAGUUAAGUACGAUGUGGUCGUUAUUGAGGGUUGUACUGCCGCUCUUACUGGUGUCCCAGGUGUCCGUCUUGGCGGACGAUGAUCGUUGUCAAGCAGUGCCAGACCUGAGCUACAUUCCGAGUCCAAACGCGUGCUACCUCUACUACAGCUGCAUCGGUGGAAACGCCUAUCCACAGAUCUGCCCGAACGGUGAAUGGUUCUCGAUGCAGCACCAACGCUGUGUACCGAAAGACGAAUCGGAAUGUGAUCUUGCCGAGCCGCCGACACUGCCAGAAGCGCCCGCCCCUGAUCCAUCACCUUUAUGUGACGGAGUACCCAACUAUCGCUACUUAGCUAGCGCUGACUCUUGCCAGUGGUACUACCAGUGUAUCGAUCAGAUUGCGUAUCGUCUCUCUUGUCCGCUGUUUUACUGGUUUGACGAAACUCUACAGCGCUGUGGAACGCGAUACGAUAUGGAGUGUGAUCGUGAGCAGGCAACUUCCACCCCUGUGCCAACGCCUCCAACAGUGGAUCCACUAGACAUAUGCUACGGGCAGCCGGAUUCCUCCCUGAUUCCUAGCAAUACGCUUUGCGAACGCUAUUACUCCUGCUAUCAAGGUGUCGCUUACCCAAACACCUGCCCGAGCGGAUUGUGGUUCAAUCCGCAGUCGGGCGUAUGUGACGAUCCCGAAAAUGUGGAAUGUGCAGCUAGUACUUCAUCACCUUAAUAGUACGCAUGGGGUCCUGUUUGGUGAACAAUGCUAUCGAUUUACCUUACCAGCGCAUGUGUCGACCGAUUGCCACAAGGUACAAUCUUGUGUCGUGAUACUCUAACAAUCGCGAGGCGUUCCUCCUGCACUGGUGUCCGGUGUGUACUGUUUUACGCAUUCCAGUGGCGAGCUUCUAGCGAUUGUUUGAUCGCCCAAGCUAUCUUCUACGUCACCACCAGAAUCACCAGAUUAAGCAACAGACCUUUACAUCGAGUUCCAGGAAACAGUUAAACCGUCUCGUCUGAACCGCUUUCGUCGUAUCGCCAGCCAACCAAUAAAUAAAAUCCCGAUAACAACGCAACCAUCCAGCCAACAUUCUGUUUCUGUGACGUCAUGUGUUGUUGAUUGCAAGUAUUCAAUGUACUAUGCGAACUGAUUUAACGAACAUCGGAUUAAAGUCAAUUCCUUACAGCAGUGUU